AUGGCCAGUCAGCGCGACCUCAGCACUUUGCAGAAGCAGAUCUGGACCGGCUCAAUUCCGCUUGAGAUACGGCUUGCCAGCACCGAGUGCCGCACCUACGACGACUCAGACCCAUAUUUGAUCCAAGUCCCGCGACUCUCUUACAUCCCUUUCCUCCUGCCCCGCCUGCACGCCUUCUUCGCGCCCUCCCUCAUCAACCCGGACGUGCACCCCAGCAAAGGCUGGCUCUCCUGCUCCGACGUACCGCUGAAAUGGCACCACCCACUCGGCCUCCUCUACGACCUUUACUCCGGCCUCGAGCCCUACACCCCUGACUCCCUCCAUCACUCCCCAUCCCCACCGCCGUCCCCACCUUCCCCAACCUCCGCAGCAGCAGCAACAACAACCCCCGACAGCACCCCCCUCCCCUGGCGCCUAAUCGUCCACUUCGCCACGCCCGCCCCACCCACCCUCGUCCCCCUCGACCCAGCCUACAAAGCCCACCACGACGCCUUCGUCAACGCCGUCAAGGAGGCCGACUUCUUGCGCAACGGCUCCGCCAAAGCCGCCAUGUCCCUCUCAAAGGAAGCGUCGGACCGCCUGUGGGACGCCGUCGGCCGCAACGACCUCGCCGCGUGGGACGCCGUCCACAGCAAGCUGCUCGUGAGCCCGCCCGGCGCGGGCCCGCUGCGGAACGUGCCGAUGAAGCUGUACUUGCCUGGCGCGCCGACGGCCGCUAGCGGCGGCGGCGGUGGGGGGAACGGAGGGGGAGCUAGCGAAGACGUAGCGGUAGCGACGCCAACGCUGGCUACCGAGGGAGGCGGCGACGCCGCUGCUGCAGCAACGGCGACAACCGCGGAGUCGCCCGCCGCGGGCGCGCCUUCCCCCAUAGCCUCCCUCCGCGUCGUCCAAGCGCUCGUAUCGCCCACGCUGAGCAGCGGCGGCGGCGGCGGCGGCGGCGGCGGUUCUGGUGGUAGCGGCGCUUCGCCGCGAGGGCAGCCGCAGACGAUGGGCACGGCGUUGAACGGCAUCAUUCCCAGCCUUUUCCCCAGCCGGCGCAGUCCGCUGCUGGCGCAGCCGGUCCUGCACGGCGCGGUGGUGCCGCUGAGCGCGCCGGUCGAGGAGCUUCUGAAGGCGGCGGCGUAUGCGGAUGGGUUCUUGCAUGUUGCUGUUGUCAUGAUGAGUUGA